UAAAAACAACAAAACCUACACGCAGAAUCAUAGUUCCACCUUCUAGCACCGCAAAAUAAACAGAAAGCCACCCUUCUCUCCCAUAGACCAAACCCUAGCUCGAAGUCUCGAACAACCCAACUAACCCUCACCAUGGCUCAUCAUCAUGGUUCCGAUUCUGAAACCGACGCAAACACUCGACUUUACAACCCGUACCAAGACCUAAACCUUCAAGGGCCCCUAACUAACCUUUACAAGCUUCCAACCUCCCCUGAGUUCCUCUUUGCCGAAGAAUCCCUCCACCAACGCCGCUCUUGGGGCGAAAACCUAACCUUUUACACCGGCUCCGCUUAUUUAGGCGGCUCUAUAACCGGCGCAGCCGUCGGGCUCUUCUCGGCUCUCAGGAACUUCGAGCAAGGCGAUACUUUGAAGCUCAAAAUCAAUCGGAUCUUGAAUAGUUCGGGUCAUACGGGUCGGUCUUGGGGAAACCGGAUCGGGGUGGUGGGCUUGUUAUAUGCGGGGAUGGAGAGUGGGAUCGUGGCGGCGACUGAUCGGGAUGAUGUUUGGAGUAGCGUGGCUGCUGGGCUUGGGACCGGAGCGGUUUGUCGGGCGGCGAGAGGGGUGAGGUCGGCAGCGGUGGCGGGUGCGCUUGGUGGGUUGGCGGCAGGAGCGGUGGUUGCUGGUAAGCAAGUGUUGAAGAGAUACGUGCCUAUUUGAAGGAAAAAAGAAAACGAGGAAUAUUCAGUGAGUUGAUAUUUCGGUUAAAUCGAAAAUUUUGAUGGUGGUAGAUUAAAUUUGGAAAGAAUGAUACUAGGUUUUGCAGAAAUUUGAUUUACGUAAUAUGUGAAUUUAUGUGAUGAAUAAUGGUACUUGAAGAUUAAUGAUUUUGUAACUUUUUUUCCCCAUUAAUAGAUCGGUAUUCGAUCAAAAAUGUUUUUACUUUUUUUUUUAUGCUCUGUUCAUGGGAUGAGUUGGUGAUUAUACGUCUCUUACUGCAAGUGGACUUUUGUGUAUUGUUGGUAAAAUGUUUUAGUGAUGGUAUGGAAGAGAAGAUGCCGUGGUAUUGUUUC